UAGCGCUGAAUUUCAUGACGGGCGCAUGCAGCAGAGUGGGAAGGAGCGUCAAGUUUGUGGGCUCAUCUCUUACGCGGUUUUUUAUGUUCGGGGCUCCGAAAACAUGGAUUGCUUGCUCCUCGUCUUGCUGCUGCUGCUCGUCCCCGCCAGCCACGGCGUGGAAGAGAUUCUCAUGGACUCCACGUUUGCCACGUCCGAGCUCGGAUGGCUGGCUCAGCCGGGGAACGGGUGGGAAGAGGUGAGCGGCUACGACGAGAAGAUGAACGCCAUCCGCACCUACCAAGUGUGCAACGUGUUCGAGCCGAACCAGAACAACUGGCUGCGCACCGACUACAUCGAGCGCGGCGGCGCUCAGCGCGUAUACGUCGAGAUUAAGUUCUCGGUGCGCGACUGCAGCAGCAUCCCCAACGUGCCGGGCUCGUGCAAGGAGACCUUCAACCUCUACUACUACGAGGCCGACGGCGACACGCAGGGCAACGGCGGCGGCCCGCACUGGACCGAGAGCCCGUUCGUCCGCGUGGACACCAUCGCGCCCGACCAGAGCUUCUCCGAGGUGGACAUGGGCGGCAAGGUGCUGAAGAUCAACACGGAGGUGCGCAGCUUCGGGCCGCUGACGAGGCGCGGCUUCUACCUGGCCUUCCAGGACUACGGGGGCUGCAUGUCGCUCAUCACCGUCAAGGUCUUCUACCGCAAGUGCCAGCGCGUCGUGCAGAACUUCGCCGUGUUCGGCGAGACGCUCACGGGGGCCGAGAGCACGUCGCUCGUGAUCGCGCGGGGCACGUGCGUGCCCAACGCCGAGGAGAACGACAUGCCCAUCAAGCUCUACUGCAACGGCGACGGCGACUGGAUGGUGCCCAUCGGGAGCUGCACCUGCCGCUCCGGUUACGAGCCCUCUGAGUCGCGCACGACUUGCAAAGCGUGCCCUUCGGGUACUUUCAAGGCGAGCACCGGACUGGGGUCCUGCCUGGCAUGCCCGGCCAACAGUCGCACGCCGGGAGAGGCGUCCAUGAGCUGUGUUUGCCGCAACGGGUACUACCGGGCAGACAAGGACCCCGCGGAGACACCCUGCACGAGCCCACCGUCCGCUCCGCGGGACGUGACGGCCGUGGUGAACAAGACGUCGCUCACCCUGGACUGGGCCCAGCCGCGCGACCUCGGCAGCCGAGACGACGUCCUCUACAACGUGGUGUGCCGCCGCUGCACGGACACGCGGCGCCUCAACUGCGGCCGCUGCCUGGAGCCCGUCGAGUUCGUGCCGCGGCAGCAGGGCCUCUCGGAGACGCGCGUCUUCAUCAGCGGGCUGCUCGCUCACACGCCGUACACGUUCGAGAUCCAGGCGGUGAACGGCGUGUCGGAGCGCAGCCCCUACCCGCCGCAGUCGGUCGCCGUCAACAUCACCACGAACCAGGCCGCCCCCUCACAGGUUCCCAUAAUGCACCACGUGAGCUCCACGAUGAGCUCCAUCAAGCUGUCGUGGCCUCAGCCCGAUCAGCCCAACGGCAUCAUCUUGGACUACGAGCUGCGCUACGGUGAAAAGAAUCAGGACUAUCACAACUCGUCCACCGUGAAGAGCCAGACAAACACGGCGGUGGUGGACGGCUUGAAGCCCGGCACCAUAUACAUGUUCCAAGUGCGCGCUCGCACGGAGGCCGGUUUCGGCAAGUACGGUGGCAAGAUGCUGUUCCAGACGCUCACCUCAGAAGACAGGGAAAACAUGAUACGAGAGCAGAUCCCGCUGAUCGCCGGCUCAGCCGCGGCUGGGAUCGUCUUCAUUGUGGUCAUCGCCGUCAUCAUCAUCGUUUGCAGCAGGCGGAGAUAUGAAAGGGCAGAUCCAGAAUACACUGACAAACUUCAGCAUUAUACUGGUGGUCAUGGUCACAAGAUAUACAUUGACCCGUUCACGUACGAAGACCCGAAUGAGGCAGUGCGAGAGUUUGCGAAGGAGAUUGACGUCUCCUGUGUGAAGAUCGAACAGGUCAUUGGAGCAGGCGAGUUCGGGGAGGUGUGCAGCGGGCGUCUGAAGCUUCCGGGCAAGCGCGAGAUGGCGGUCGCCAUCAAGACGCUCAAGGCCGGCUACACGGAGAGGCAGCGGCGUGACUUUCUGAGCGAGGCGAGCAUCAUGGGCCAGUUCGACCACCCCAACGUGAUCCACCUGGAGGGCGUGGUCACCAAGAGCCGCCCAGUCAUGAUCAUCACCGAGUUCAUGGAGAACGGAUCCCUCGACUCCUUCCUGCGGCAAAACGACGGGCAAUUCACAGUGAUCCAGCUCGUGGGAAUGUUGCGGGGCAUUGCGGCCGGCAUGAAGUACCUCGCAGACAUGAGCUACGUACAUCGAGAUCUGGCAGCACGCAACAUCCUUGUCAACAGCAACCUGGUGUGCAAGGUGUCUGACUUUGGCCUCUCGCGCUUUCUGGAGGACGACACCUCCGACCCAACCUACACCAGCGCCAUGAGUGACGGAUUCGUGCGUCUUCGUUGCUGCACGCAGGGCGGGAAGAUCCCGAUCCGGUGGACGGCACCAGAAGCGAUUCAAUAUCGCAAGUUCACGACGGCCAGUGAUGUGUGGAGCUACGGCAUUGUCAUGUGGGAGGUGAUGUCAUACGGAGAGAGGCCCUACUGGGACAUGAGCAACCAGGACGUGAUUAACGCCAUCGAGCAGGACUACCGGCUGCCGGCACCCAUGGACUGCCCAGCCGCCCUUCACCAGCUCAUGCUCGACUGCUGGCAGAAGGAGCGCAAUGAAAGGCCCAAAUUUGGCCAGAUCGUCAACACCCUGGACAAACUCAUUCGCACACCGGCCAGCCUCAAGACCGUCGCCUGCGUCACACCGGGUAUCUCACAGCCACUUCUGGACCGGUCGGUGCCUGACUUUGCCAGUUUUGGCUCGGUGGAUGAGUGGCUGGAUGCCAUCAAGAUGGGUCGCUACACGGACAACUUUGCCAGUGCCGGCUUCACCUCCUUUGACCUGGUCUCCCGCAUGACUGCCGAGGACAUCUUAAGGAUAGGAGUUACCCUGGCUGGACACCAGAAGAAGAUCCUCAACAGUAUCCAGACAAUGAGGGUGCAAAUGAACCAGAUCCAAACGGUGCAAGUCUGAGGACAUCACAGCAGAUUCCUGAAAAGAGAAAUUCGAAGAGCCGGUGGAAAUCUGCUGUGUGCCACUGGCGGAUGCCACGAUGAGACACUUCCAAAAUCAAUCGCAGUACAUUUAUUUUGAUGUCAACAGAUGUGCCAUGAUGGGAAAAUGCACACAUCUGAGCUAAAGACAUUCACUAAAGCGUACAGAAAUACAUCCGGCUGUUAAACUGAAUACACUUGAUCACGUCAACGUUGAGAUCAUUCAUGAAGGCACCUGUGAGUUCAUAGUACUUGUUUUUUUUUCUCCCAGCUGGAAAACAUCAUCUGUGCGGUCUUUGCUCAUUACGUGACAUCGUCUGGACAUUCUUUAGUGGUUAAUGUCAUUAGUGACGUUGAUGUGUGAUAGAUGUCAAGACUGAGAUCUUUCAGAAGAUUUCUUUACCAUCUCAAGAACCUUCCACGUACAACCGAGAAGUCUCACGGGGGUUCUUUGGAGGGCGUUACAAGAUCACAGAUGCAUGUAUCAACGCUUUAUAAUAUUUCACCAAUAUAUAGGAAUUAAAAAUAAGUAAAAAAAAAACAAAUAAGCCGAAAAAAAUAUCACGAAAAAAUACAAAUGGUUUUGUUUUUCCGUCUUCAAGUUACUUGCGAGCAGGACACUUCAAGGGGACCUCUAAAAGACCUAAUUGUGGAAGGUCGUAGGUGAAGCAUUGUUUAAUGGUGUCUCGAAAGGACAAUUCCAGAGGAAGGACGUGCUGCUGUACGACACAGGAGCUAACGAGCGGCAGCGUCUUCGCUGCGCGAGUGCAUUGCGCGUGGGUGCACGGCGCGCACACACACGGGGAGAGAAGGGUUCUGCUCUGGCCACGUCGGGCACCAAUGCCGUUCCGCUAAACGUCAAUUCUUAGGCAACGAAGCAAAGAGAGAUGCAACAACUCUAGAAACAAUGCUGUCCGCAGCAGCUGCUUAGAACUUGGUUGAUCAACUUCACCGUCAAGCGGCUAUUAAUAUUGCUGCCUAAUUAUUAUUGUUAUAAUCGUUUGGCUUUUGAGUUCAAGGUCAAACAUGUCACAACUGCACCAAGUCGUCGUCUCCUAGUUUACCGUUGCGAAAUAAUACAUUUAGCUUGCAGAGUUUCCUUAAACAUUAGUCUUCAUAUUGAAGAUCUUGUUUAAUAGUAUUCUUUUAGCUUGCUAGAUUUUUUUUAUUUACAUUAUCUGUUACAUUUGAAUCAUAUAACUGCAGGAAAAAUGUUAUGUUUUAGCAUUUUAGUACUGUAUUAAAUGUAUUAUUUCUUGCACGUUUUUAAGGCACUGCGUUAUGUAGUGGCUGGUAUCAAAAAUAAAAAAAAAUAUUUUUGUUUCUGAAAACUCUUUACGUCCAAUUAAUAGCGAUGAGAAUAAAAUGCAAACGUUAUGUAUGUAUAUUUUCAAACAUCUGUCUUCGCAUGAAAAGCAACUUCGCAGCAAGGUUCCAACGUAACAAGUACAAGGUUAAGAUGCCAAAAAGAUUAGUAUGCUUUGAUGCAUAGGAGAGGAAAAGAGCGAAAGAAUAUUUUAUUAGAGUACUUGGAGCUUAAUUCAGUAUAAUACCCUGCCAGAAGUAUGUAUAAUUAAAACACAUUGGUUUAUGUAAAUUUUACAUGAUCGCACAUUAUUAUGAAGAAAAAAAUAUCAAUUGUAAAAAAUUAAUGUACCCUCUGCCACUCAAACUUCAUGACACAAACUUAUGAUAGUAUGUCAGUGUCCCCAGAAGGAUAUAACUGACUAUUCUGACCAAAUUGCAAAACUAUUAUGAAAAAUUAUUAAACUGAUGCCUUCCUUCAAUUCACUUUGAACUCUGCAAGCUUCUAGACGAGAAUGUUGUUGAAACAUGAACGAUGCUGACUGUGAGUAUGUAACAUACUCAAACGGCGUACCACAGAGCGGUUAAAAGGAUAGUCGGCUUGGCAAUGGAAAGAUGAUAUUCGUUUCUCAAUUGGUUCGUUUCUCAAUCCGCUUGUCCUGGCGAAGUUCGCCGUGUAUUGAGUAGGGCGGUCCAGACCUCCCUUUCCCUGGCGACGGACUCCAGCACUACAUUGCUAUACACUACUACACUAUACACUACACUAUACACUACACAGACUCCAGCUCUUCCAUGGGGAAUUUCCAGGCGUUUCCAUGCCAGCCGAGCGACAUCGUCCCACCAGAGUGUUCCUGGGCCACCUCCGGGAUCUUUGCCCAUGACAUCUGCUAUGAAAAUCGAGGACACUGCACCGUGAAUGCGAGGCAAACUAUGAAGGUUGGAUGUGGAACCUUUUUUGGUGAUUGAAUUCAGCAAACCGUUACAUGUCAAGUACGGUCUUACAAUGAACGUAUGGCCCUUGCUCAAGUUGAACAUAUUAUUUUAUCUGUCAGUUGCAGAUUUCACUUACAAUUAUUCUGCAGCUGGUUAACAGACAGAGGCACAUAUGUAAUAAAACAUCCAUUAAUUCAAACAGAUUUUGGUUCUGCGUCUAUAUUAAAAGAAAACUACGAGUACUCUCUGUUAUCACGAAGGCUGUCCGUUGGAGCGACUGCACAUAAUCUUGGUUGUGCAGACCCGAAGAGAGAUGCCAAAAGUGGAUUGUCAUUUUCAGUUGUAAAAUUGAGAAAAAACUGUAGUGUUAAUAACGUGUGCUGGUAUUUAACGAGCGUCAUCUUAAGCCGGGUCUUACGCCUGAGCCGUCGAGCAGCGCCAGAUGUUUGCGUGCAACUGACUUGAACAUAUACGUAUCUCUCUCUCCAAGCAAGUUGAGCAAACUGAUCGCUCAGAGUGGAGGCAGAUUCUUCCGAUUUCAAGCGAUCUGCUCAGCGAUUUUGUUGAUCGCUCAGGUGUGGAGUGGGCUUUAGAGGGGAGAAGAGAGAAGGUGGGGGGGGGCAGUGCUUGGUUAUUCCUGCGAUAUUUCUCUGCAACCUCUGUAGGUUACCUACAACUGGAAGUCUGAAUGCCGAAUCGCGAUUUGGGUUAUUGCUCUCGUGCCACUUGCAAAUGCUUAUAUUCUUGCAAUAAUUUCACGGCUGUCAGUGUGUAUGUUGAUGACAAAUAAUAAUUCGUAGCCUGUUCUGUAGCUCAGAUUGACUCUUCCUUGGACAAAUUGUUCUUCUGUCAGAUAAUUUAAAUGACACAAGACGUUAGGUCUCAUUGCGGCUUAUUUUGUAAUAAUUUAUUUCGUUUAUAUUUUUAGUGGCAAAUAUUUAGUUGCCUGUGUAGAUAAUUUCUGAAAUAACAAGAUGCUUUUUUUCCUCUUGUUAUUUUUAUUUAUUUUUUUGCCACUAACUUAUUUGGAACCUUUGCAUGAGGCACUGCAAGCGUUUUAGAGAAUCCAAAUUACAGCGGUUUUGUUCACGUGAAUAAAAUGUCGUAAAAUUGUAAAGAAAACUUAUCCAUAUGAACCUUCUCUGUGUUAUACUGUAAAAUAAAAAUGAAUUAGGAAUUCACGAAUAUCAUUCCUAGGAUGUCCUCCACUGCCUUUUUCUCCACUUCUCAGACGUUGAGCACUUACAUUGACAAUGACAAUUACGGCAACAACUCUAUAUCCUUUAUUUUUCCUUAUUUUUGCCCAAGCCAGUGAAUAGUACAAGUUGUUUUCUUUCCAGUAAGAUUUUUUGUAUUAAUUUGGCUUUUGUACCUGCUGAGAGCCUUCCAAAUUGACUCGUACUUGAGGCAAAUGUGAAACUUGACAAAAUAGUAGCCUGACAAGUGACUUGUGACCCACUCUUAAAGUGCGACCCAUAAGUUAGUGCACGGUUUCCCAAACUCCAGUCCGCACGAUCCAUCCCACUAUGCCACGUGUUUACCAAUUUACUCCCCAUUCAAAUACAAGUAAACUUGUUUCCACGCUACACGCGCCGGAUGAUUGUUAAACACGGUCCCACGUGACACGCACAAAGCAAUUAAGGCUGUUUGCAUUAAUAGAACCGAUUCAAAUUACGGUGAAUUGCUUAUCACAUCACGUGGGGACGUGUUGAGCAAUCAUCGGCACGUGCAGCAUUGAACGAGUUUAAUUUAUUUGAAUUGGGAAGUACAAAGGUACAUGUGAGAGAGACGGAGCGUGGUGUGGCUCGUAAGAUUUUUGAGAAUCCCUGCAUGAGUGGCUGCCAGCAACAUUUAUUGCUAACAAGUCUGUGAGAGAAAACCAUUAUGCAUGAGUUGCUUUGCCUGUCAUGAAAGUCACAUGCUCAAAAAAACCGUGGUAGAUUAAUAAUAAUGAAGCGUUUGCUAACUCUUUUUGGAGAGGGGAAGGAAUUUGGCAUGAAUUAUUAUAUUUUUUUCAAUGUGUGUUUAUUAAAUUUAGAAUUAUAAUGAAAACUAAACAUGUUUUCGAUGGGAAAUGCAAGGUUGAUCCGUGAGGUGCAAAAAUGUUCAUGCAAGUUAAGUUUUCUUUACAAAUUCAACAUGCCCUGAUUUAAAACGUUACACCAUUUGUGCCGUAUUUAGUUAACGGGAAUUCCUUGCAGGGAUUAAAAUGAACAAUAUAACAUUUACCGCAAAAUCGUUUAAUGUAUGUUACACUUGUAUUUUAAUGUGAGCAAAUAUGAAUCGGUAAUCAUCUAAAAGUCUUGUCACUUUAAAGCAUACAUUACAACUUUCAAAAAAUGUAAUCCUUUGUGUGCUCUUCGUAUGUAGAGUAUGAUCGAAAUGCUUGGGUGACAUGGCUGCAGUGUUAUACCAAGUGUGGCACACAAUGCUACCUGUACAAUAGUACGCCUUGAUCAAGUCACCUUUUUUAACGUUAAUCGUCAGUAUGUUAACUCAGUAUACCAAGUACGCAUUGCAGUACAGACUCCUAUGUCUACCUACCAGUAGAUAUACUCAUUCACUUACCCUGCAAGGAUUGCCCCCUCCCCCAGCUAAGAAGUUUAGUUUUUUUUGGUUUGUGAGGUUUUUUUAUUAGCUUUUGAGAAACAGUUGUGGAAAUCCCAUAGAAUCCCCUAAUGAUUAGAGUGUUGUCGUGACAACUGUUAAACCCUGAUCUAAAAUAGCUAAUAGAUAGUUGCGUAAAAUUGGAAGCCCUCAAAUUGAGAGUAUGAAAAUCAUUCUAGAAAUAAAAUACUACUGAAAGAAGGCCGUUUGACCAUACUUCACCACGCUGGUCAUUGGCUGAUAAAUAUACUCAGGUCACCAGGUUCACAGGAAUGUGCACUAAACCACAGUGACCUUGUAAUUAUUAAAGCUUUUUUUACAAUGUGGAAUCCAGUCAUGCCGUUCACUCACGGUGAAGAUGUUUCAGUUUCAUUUAUUUGGUAUAACCCUGUGAGCCAUGCGGCUUUUGACUCGGGUGCAGCUUAACAGACGUCUAUGGGAAUAGAUACAUCUGUGUUCUUAAAAUCUUUCAAAAAAAUCCCUAUAUUCCACGAGACAAUUGAAAGCUGGGAUUUAUUUUUAAUGUUUUUGUUCAUGCAGUGCUUGUUCUGAAAAAAAACUUUGGAAAAUGUAAAAUGCAAAACAAUGGAAGAGGAGAAACAUCAACAAUUCUAAGUGCAGAGGCAUUGACUUGUAAAUGUUGUACAUUAUCGUUAAUGUCAUGUUGUGGUAGUCAGUUUUUGUAAGGCAUGAUGUAUGUCUGUGUGUACUAAUUAUGAACUAAAGUCAGACAUUUGUGUUUUAGAUAACAUGGAAGUUCAGUGCACUGUCUUCCAAUCACCACUUGCUUUUAUGUACAAAAAUAUAUGGUUUUUAAUUUUUGUGCACACAGUAUUUUUGCCCACGUUUUCAUUUUGGGGAUUUUUUUUCUUCUGAUAUAUAUUUUGUGUGUGUGUGUAAUUGUUGUAAGUAUUUUUAAAAUAUUUGCUGCUUCCACAAACAUUUGUAGGAGUUAUAAAACUUUUGAAAUUUAAAAAAAUAAUAAAAUAAGUAAUAAAAAAACA